CCGGACAGUGUGGCAGGCAAAGAGCAGGUCAGAGCUCUCGAAGGGGGCCCUGACUGCUGACCAUGGGGCCAACGCACUGACGGGGCCCCCUUGCUGAAACACAAGAACCAAAGAGAAAGGGAAAAUAACCACACACCAAAAAAGAAAAAGAAAAGAAAAGAAAAGAAGAAGAAAACUUGAGAAAAAACAAGAAAGCAGAACAAUGGUGGCUGAGGAAGUGAUAAUUACAUUGUCCGGUGGAGCACCAUGGGGCUUUCGUCUCCAGGGAGGCGUGGAACAUCAGAAACCACUCCAGGUGGCUAAGGUACGUAAACGCAGCAAGGCAUGCAGGGCCGGACUGCAGGAGGCUGAUGAGCUGGUGUCCAUCAACGAACAACCAUGUGGAACGCUUUCUCACGCCCAAGCCAUGAACCUCAUUGACAGCUCCCCUGGAAUAUUACACAUCCGGGUCAAAAGAGCGCCUGUUGGUUUUCAGUCUGUGGUGCUUAUGACUCGAGCCCCAUCUCCACGUAUAGAUAAAGAAUACAGAGCAGCUCUUCGAGCUAUGUCACCAACAAACCCUCAUCAUGCACCUGUCCGUGAGGUGCACCGCAGCCGCUCCUCCCUGACCAGUGGUCUGACUUCUCCGCCUGGCAGUGAGGCGUACUAUGGUGAGACUGACAGUGAUGCAGACGUUGCGGGUUAUGAGAGGCAACGCAGACAGAAACGCCGCAGCCCAAGUAACUCCAAUCCUGCGAAACCAACAGGGCGAACCUCUCCUGAGGGUGGCGAGACAUCAGAGAUGAGCGGUUAUGACAGUGCUCCUGAUGCACAAGUUAACACCCGUUUGUUGGAAGGACGAGGGGGAGAUGGAAAUGGUGGAGGGGGGCUGCCUGGUGUGGCAAGAAGGGAGGUGAUUUACCAACCACCGGGUCCAGGAAUGUGGUCCUCCCAGACAUCAACUGAGACUUCCUCCAUCAUCUCCUCAGCAGAUGACCAGGGUCCACGAGACGGAGGGCAGGAAGAGGAUAGUGGCUUUUUAGAGCCUGCUAAUGUGCCUCUGGUGUCCCCUGAGAGGGCUAAAGAAGCUCUGAUGCUGAGCUCCCGCAGCCAGCUUGUGCCCAUGGUGGGUCCUGUAAAUAAUCCCAUUGACGAGGAGCUUACAACAACAUACAUGGAAAAGGCCAAGCAAGCCAAACUGAACCGGGGAGAUACGCUUCAAGACAAGCAUGUAAAAGAAGCCAAAAGCAAGUGUCGAACAAUUGCAUCGCUGCUGACAGACGCUCCCAAUCCUCACUCCAAGGGUGUGCUGAUGUUCAAGAAGAGAAGACAACGCUCCAAGAAGUACACCCUGACAAGUUUUGGAAGUGUUGAUGAAGACACGUGCCGUGAUUCUCAAGAGGAAGAUGGUGCAUUUCCUGGCAGUGAAUCUGAGUUUGAUGAGGAUGGCUUCUCAGCAGCUCCAGACCCAACUUGGGACAGUGACUACCUGGAUAUGCUGGAGAAAAGAGCGACUGCAGGCACUGAAGGACGGGGAGAUGGAGUAGAGGAUGCUCCAAGUCCAGGUUUGAGUAACACUGCAGGUAAGGGUGCCCAGCUGUUCGAGCAGCAGAGAAAGAGAGUUGCUGAGCAUGCAAAGAAGGCAGAGGCAGCCAAACCUCAAGUUCCUCCACAAUCUCAGGAACAGUCCCAGAUGUAUCAGUUGCAUCCAGAAAUACAACCACAAAUGCAAUCGAACCUUCAGCCUCAGCCGGUGACAUCACCAUCCACACAACCAGUGCUAUCUCCAGCUCCAGGUUCAGUUGCUGUUGCAGCCCAUGGAGUGCUUAACGGAGAUCCAUCCAACGCUGCAGUCAGCUCAAUCAGCAUGGUUAUGGCUCCUCCACCUGUCGCACCUAAACCAACCACUGCCUCAGUGACUGUUGUACCCAGUCCUGUAAUACCAGCUGAAACUCCAUUGCCCGAACAACCAGCAAGUGGUGUUCUCAACCGAACAGCACGUCCUUUUACCCCUGGUUUCAUCAGCAUUCGAGCUGCUACUGCCCCAGUAACUUUCAGACCAUCUGUCGCAAAGGCGCCUCAACGACCUGUGUCAUCUGCUAUUGUGCCACCACCAUUCUCCACUGCCUCUGAACUUACUAUUAAUACUUCACCAAUAGUUUCCCAAUUUCCCCAUGGUCCUCCCCCAGUGUAUUCUCCACCAUUCUCAGUACCUACUAGCUCCUUUGCUCCAGCACCAGAAAUCUACCCUCCAGGCUUUUCCAGCUCUGCUGAAACAAUUCAGGCAUCACCACCAGUAAGUGCUCUUCAUCAAACUCUAUUUGCAACUGUGACUCCACCAUCUGCAUCUUCAACACAACCAAUCCCACCAGCACCAUUGGUCUAUGUCCCUGUUCCUCCAAAAAUCCAAAGUCCAGGCUCAAUUGAUCCAGUCACCUCAGUACCUUUACUUCAAGGCCCAGCUCCACAGCUACCUCCACCACAAUUGUCUAUAGCACCAAUAACUCAAGUGUCAGCAGUUUCCCAGCCUGAAACUGUACCCUCAACCCCUGUUCCUGGUCCAGGAGGGCGCACAGGAAUUUUACUAGAGGCCAGGCGGCGUGGUGGAAAACCCAAACCUAUGUUCAAUGUGCCAGAGAUUAAAAAGAACUCCCCCAACCCUGAUCUCUUGAAUAUGGUGCAGAACUUAGAUGACAGGUCUGUUAGAUAUAAACAGGGCCAACCUGAUGAGCCUUUCUAUGAUGGAGGUGAUGAAGAAUCUUUUGAGGCCGGAACAGGGAGAAUGCCUCCACCAGUGGCGCCCAAACCUCGCGUCAUCCAUGAAGUGCCAAAAAUUAUUCAAGCAGGGGGAAAAGGAGCUCAAUUGUUUGCUAAAAGGCAAAGUCGCAUGGGUAUGUAUGUGGUGGACACUCCUCCUCAGACCCCUUACCAACAGGAAGUUGCACCACAUAAUACAGUCCAAUUCCUUGACCCUUCUCAAAGUUCUACCCUUCCAUCUCAGUGGAAAUACUCCCCCAAUGUCCGUGCACCUCCUCCCAUUGGGUACAAUCCACUUUUGGCCCCAUCAAUUCCUACUGGACCUCAGAAGGAUACAAGCAAGCCAGAUAUCCGAGGAAAAGGAGGCUCCCAAAGAGAGGGGAUUAAGGCUCUGGAUUUCAUGAGAAGACAGCCUUAUCAGCUCAACUCUGCCAUGUUCAGUUAUGGAGGCAGUGCUGCUAAUCUGUCAGCCAUGCCUUCCUACCAGGCACAGCAGGGUAACUAUGCUAUGGUUGGUAGCUCAUUAACCUCACCUCGACAGAUCCCUGUCAAAACAGCUCGUGUCUAUGAGGUCAAGCGAUUCUCAACACCUACACCCAUGUCAGCUCCCACUCUGACUCCUAAAGUCAUUGCACCUCGAUCAGCCACAACCCUUGGAGAACGUUUGACUCAUUCUGGCAUGACUUCUCCACCUCCUGUUGAAGCCCCUCUUUUAACACCAGCAGCAACACCAAUCUCACCUCCCUCCCAGCCAAUGGGACUGCCCAGCCUCCCGAAGUUCGCUGCGGCUCCUAUUCCAAACCUUGUGCCACCAUCAGCCCCUACACCCUAUACUCCAGUAUCAUACACCGGUGGGCUCCAGACAGCCAAGCAAUUCCAGAGUGCUCCUGAGCUCAGUAUCAUUACCUCCUUGCCUCCACUCAAAUCAAACCCCAUUCAGGCACCUAAACCACAUUUCGUUGCCACUAAAGGAGGUGUUCAACCCCAUGUCUGGAGGCCAGGGGCAAUGUGAACAGCAGCUGAAGAGUUAAUAAUGCAUGUAAUCAUCUUCAUGCUUUUGGAUGGAAAAUCAAUCAGAGAAAACUUUGGACAAGUCAAGCAAAACUUCAAGCAACUUUCUUGAUUCUCUGUAUGUCUCUUGUUAUAUCUUUAACGUACCGGUAUCUUAAAGCAUUUUGAUGAUGGCAUCCCAUCAUCAAACUAUACUGAUAAUGAAAUAACAUGAGAUGAUAAAGGGCUUACAUAUAUAGUUAAAAUCUGAAACUUGUCAACAGUGUGUUGACAAUUUUCAUGCACAAGUUUCAUACCUGAAUUCAAGAAAAUGGGCUGAAACACAUACAUUAUGUUUGUAACGCUUAUGACAUUUAUUCUGCUGCUAACAAAGUGACAAGAAUAGCAAUAAGGUUUAUUACCACAUACUGUAAGCUUUGUAGUCUACCAUACGCCUGUCCUGGAGGAGGUUUGUGUAAGGCUCAUGAAGAUCUCUUCUACUAUUCUAGCAGAAAAAAUACAAUCAAAGCAGAGCCUGUACUGAAUUAUUCUUUGAAACUUGAAAUGCCUUAAAAAUAAAUUAGCUGCAGGUCUGUGAAUAGGAUUGAACCACUGAAGAUUUAGGGUGUGUCAUGUUGACAAGGGGAAGUGGCUUUUAUCUUUGAAUGUAUAAUUCUCAGAAACUAUCCUACUGAAAGGUGUGCACAAAGGUCAUUUUUUGUUGUUUAAAUGUAUGCUCUCUGAUGCAAUAGCAAGGAAAAAACAUGAUAGCUUAGUUCAAGUGUCUGUGUGAUGCAUUUAAAAAUUGUCAAUGUUUUUAAAGAAUUCAGCUUGUCAAUGAACUACAAGUUAAGACAAGCUAUCCUCUUGCAUUGUGUUAGUGAGGUUGGGCUAAAUACCUCUGUGACUGUAACCAGAGACAUGCACAGGUCACAUUCAGCAAGUUCCCCGGUUGUCAUUAAAUGGACAAUUGUCAUUGGAAAUUGCAGCUUCCCACACCCAUGGUUUUUUAGCGUUAAGUGUGAUCAUUGCAGUUAUAUGUAAAUUCUUAAAUUUUAUUAAACAAAUAACACAGUUGAAGGAAUGUGUAGUUUGUUCUGUUUAACUGCUGAUGAAUCUGAAGGGAAUCAAGGGGAUGUCGACGGAUAUGGGGUAAGAGCCUUUUAGGUGUUCAAAGAAAGGGAAUGGCUGUGAAGAGGAUUAUGGGUCAUACAUUGUCGAAGGGUGUCUCAGUCAGAUUACUUCUGGGCAUUUUACUAAAAUGGUCAUGGUUAAAGGGGAGACUGAGACUUCUGAAUCACACCUAAAAUCCCACAGCCUUAGGAAAUUAAAAUGGGACUGUCAGGAAAGUUUGAUGUGAAACAAAAGAAGAUGGAAUGAGGAACAGAUUAUCUGGUAUUUUUCCUUUUGUAAUGGUUAUCAUUAAAAAGUAAGAAUAUGCCAUUUUAAUGGCUAUGUACCUUAAAAGUGCAGAAUGUCUAAUGGAAGUAAGAACAAAACAAGAAAUGGUGUUGCUUUUUUAUUUUACACCCUUUUUUUUAAAAAAAAAAUUAUAUAUAAUUUUUUCUUUAGGUGUUUUUUUUUCUGUUUUCAUAUUUAUAUGGCUCGAAAAGGAUUUAGCUUGUGGUUAUAGUUACUAUGUUGAGGUGUAUAAUAUGACAUACAUGUUUUUGACAGUAGCUAGAUUCCACAAUAAGUGUGAAAUGUUUGUUAUAACGCUGAGAAGAGGUUUAUACUGA